GAAUCUAUUAAUUACUUAAAAGCGCUUCUGAUUGACUUUGCAGGUUGCUUGUACGGGCAGCGCGCAGGCGUGACGGAGUGCGUGGAGGCUCACGCGGGGCCGGUCACAGGAGUGUCGUGCCAUUCGGCGCCAGGCUCCGUUGACCUCUCCCACCUCUACCUCACCUGCUCCAUGGAUUGGAGCGUCAAGCUCUGGAGCCUGAAGGAGAGCAAGGCGCUAUACUCGUUCGAAGACAGCGGCGACUACGUGUCGGACGUGCGCUGGUCGCCGGCGCACCCCGCGCUCUUCGCCGCCGUAGACGCCGCGGGCAGGCUGGACCUCUGGAAUCUCAACCGCGACACCGAGGUGCCGGUGGCGUCGAUCCAGGCGGAGGGCGGCGCCGCCUUCAACCGCGUGUCCUGGACGCCCUCGGGCACGCACGUCACUGCCGGCGACGACGCCGGCCAGAUAUGGGUCUACGAGUUGGCUGAGCAUGUCGCCCAACCACGUCACGACGAAUGGACGAAAUUUGUGUACACCCUCCAAGAGCUACGAAACAACCAAGCCGACGAAGAAACUGACAGAUUGAGUCUAGCACCGAGUGGGCCACCCAGCCUCACUAGCCUCACCUCAUUGGCCAGCAAUCCGUUGAGAUAACUAGUUUAUAUGUAGGGGGGGAGUAAGACUGGGUUUUAGGGUAUGUGGAAGCGAGUGGCUGUAUUUCUGCACUAUACUCUGAUUACGAUUUGGUUGAAAAGAAUGGUGUUACAAGUUAAUAUGCUUUUGGACUAUACUCAUAUAGUCACGUUACUGGAAAUUUUGCCUAUACAAUGUUGUCUUUAGUAUGAAUGCAUUUGCAAUGUAUAUAAAAAGGUGCGGACAUACAUAGUGUAUAGACAAAGUGACAGGCAAGUGCAGUUCGAUCCUUCAGGUGAUUGUCUCACUGCCACAUUCCCUUAAUGUUUAUGGAAGGCUGCAAAUAAGAGAAUGAAAUGCUUUUGUAUUGAAUGGAAAUAUUUUGGCUGAGGAUUAAAAGUUAUUAUGAU